AGCCGAUCCUGACGAUUGCUUUUGUGCAAUGGUCAAUUCCAAGUACGUAGACGUUGUGUAGACCUCGCCUAGUCCGUGUGUUUAGUUCCCGUCUAUAUCAUGCUCCCAUGUCCGUCUCUCGUUUGCCUCGUCCUUUCUUCUUUAGCUCUUCAUGUCGAUCUCUUCUCUCUUGAACAAGGAACCCCUUCUUUCUAUUGCCCAUUCUGCCACGCUUGGCAAGCAUCACCUUGCCUCCAGCACAACACCAGCCUCAGCUCACUGCUUUGGUUUGUGAACUGCACACCAUUAACACAUUCUAACCUCACAAACUCAUUGCCACCCGCCUCAUUCUCCAAGUAAUUACCAUCUCUAAUAAUCCACCAUGUCACGUUCAUCCGUCUACUCAGAUGACAGCCGCUCAUCGGCAUGGACGACUACUUAUACCCGGAUACCCAAGAAACAGCCCAAGGCUCUCCGCUUUCUCUCAUGGGUAGCUGGAGCACCACCUGGAGCUACAGCUGUCAAGAAGAGAACAAGAGACUACCGUGAUGACCGUUCAGUCAGUUCCGGUGGCUCGACGUUCUCUAACUGGGAUCAGUCCGACACACAACUCUACUGGGUUGUUCAUCCCAAUAGCUACUACUACAGCGGUAGCAGCAGGGGUAGCACCAACAGUGGACAUAGUAAGCGAAGUGGACGGAGUCACAAGAGCGGAGGUGGCUCCCGUAAGCACUUUGACGGAGCCGUUCCCCGGCCGGUGGUUCAGCCGAUGAACAUGAACGGCGGCCCCCCACCACAACAUCCACCUCCGCCUCCGAUGGCCCCACCCAUGGACGGAGGCUACGACGAAGGUCCAGGUUAUGAUGCCGGCUACGGCGAUGGUAUCUAUGAUGAAGGCUAUGAUCCCAAUUUCGGUGGUGGUCCUCCUCCUGCCCCGAUGAUGGGCGGGUAUGGUGGCCCUCCUCCUCCUCACAUGCCUCCGCCACCUCCCAUGCAUCCCCAAAUGCCCGGUGGAAUGCCCGGCGGAGCUCCUUUUAUCGACUUGACUGGCCAGAACCACCCAGGAGGUAGAAGAGGUCCUUCUUCAGAAUCAGACGGUUGGAGUUCUGGGGAAGAUUAAUGUCUUGAGACUGGAUUGACGGGCAAAACCUAUUGAGUAGUGUUGUGCUUUCUGUUCAUGUUGAUGAUUGUAUUUGGAUAUGUAUAGCCAACAAACUUGGGAUGGCG